CAACAAGAGAGUGUUAAUUUUAAGUUUUUUGUAUGUAAAAUAUUAAUUAAAGUAAUGAAUUCAACACCAAAUUAUGGAUCGAUUCCAUCAACAUCAACGUCAUUUUCUCCAACAGAAUUUCUGAUAUUAAAAGAACAAAUUAAUUCAAAUUUAAUUAUAAUUAAAAAGAAUGCAAACAAACUAGACAAAAUUUUUAAGGCUAUUGGCUCAAAGGCUGACACACCUGAACUGCGGAAUAAAAUACAAGGCAUACAGAAGACAACAAAUGAAGUCAUACGGACAACGUCGUCACUAAUUAAAAAACUUAAUUCGAUAGUCAAAUUUUCAGCAACCGAAAAAGCUCAGAAAAUCCAGACAGAGAAAAUCAUUUCUGAAUUUAAUCUAGUUGUACAGCGAUUUUUGCAAUCGGAAAAGCUAUUAAAUUCCAAAAUCAGAAAAGCUCUCCUGAUUAAUGUAGACGAUGAGGACGUGCCCCAAAGUACGGCAAGCGGUGCAUAUCAGCAACAGCAAAUUCAAAUCCAACAAGACAUCAGAUUUGAUAAUGACCUACUAGUUGAACGGGAACAUAACAUUUUAAAGAUUGAGGAUGACGUUAAUGAAAUCUCUCAGAUUAUGUCAGAAAUAUCAACGCUCAUUCAAGGGCAAGGAGAAAUGGUUGAGACUAUUGAGAAUCAAGUAUCAGAUGUAGAGACUAAUGUGGAGGAAGGAACGGCUGAAUUGAGAAAAGCAUCAAGUUAUCAGCAAAAGAUUAGGAAGAAAGCUUUCAUAAUUUUUUGCAUUUUCUUAAUUAUAGCCAUUAUUGUUUCAAUCUCAAUUUAUAGGAGCUUGUAGAUCUUAAUCACACUAUCUGCUUAAAAUGUAAUUAAUUAUUUACUAUUUCAUGAAAUUUUCUCUACAUUAUCUCCAAUUUUUUCGGAUACAUUUAUGCACUGUGCUAGAUAUACAAGAAAGGACUGAAAAAAGGAGGACAUUGAC